UGUCAAACUCUUUGUCUUUGUACCAGCUAGCUAGCAUAAUGUACAGUGUUUGUUAGGUUACGUAGUAAGAAUGUAAAGUUAACCGUGUAACCGUGUUUAGUACUUAGUACUUUGGUUGGUAAUAUUAACGUCGCUAAUCUUGUGUGCAGUAGUGUUAGUAGUUGUUUAGAACAGAUGACAGGUAGGUAGGUUUUUGGUUUUGCUUUGUUUUACGGAGUUUCCGGUGCCGUGCUCUUAUUUUGGUUUUGUGUUUCCUGUUUGGCGAUUAUAUGAAACAACUUUGUUAUGGCUAAGUUGCUCGGGCUCCAGCGCCUGUUGGCAGCAUUACGGCAAUUACCGUAUUACCGUAACAGGUGGUAAUUUUACGAGAACAACGUUGUGAUAUUAUGAGAAACAAGUAGUUCAAAUAUUGAAAAAAAAUGUUAAUUACAAAUAAUUUGUAUGAAAUUUUAAUAAUAUUAAAUAUUAUUAGAAUUAUCAAGGUAUCGUAUAUUAAGGUAUAUAGUUGAUAUCAAAUAUCAAGACAGUUUAAAAUGCAAAAAAUUGGGAGGGGGAGCAAAGACCAAUGUUUAUGCUAAUAAUAAAAAAUAUAAUAAAUAAAAAUAAAAAUAUUAGACUUGGUAAUAAAUAAAAAUAUAAUAAUUAAAAAAUAUUAAAAUUUACAUUUUUAAUGUUAUGAGUGAUGGUACGAACCUUGAGAUGAUGAUGCAUGUUUUGAACAUCAUGCAGACAUUGUCCUGAUGAUGCAAGAGGUCGCUGAGGUCUUCAGCCUGGAUGACGACAUGGUGGAUGGAGAUCUGGGCGAUGGGACCACAAUCAGGACAAAUUCCUGUUCCAACAGAAAGAAGAGCCAAAACCUCACGGGGCCUCCGGGGACCAUCUCACCCGAUGCAGACUCGUACCGAAGCAGCAACCAGGCACGGGAAGCAGCCUGGACAUCCAAACUGAUGACUGCGGACUGGCAGCAAGGUUGGAAGGUGCCGUUCAAUGCAGCAGACUCGCUGACUGACAUGUCCAAGGAAGACUUGAGAGUCCGACUGCAAGAAUCCUGCGAGGUGAUUAACGUGUUAAUGUGUGAGCUGGACGUGGCGCGUCGUUACCUGGAAGGCAAAUUUGAAGCUCUGAAGAUUCUGCAAGGAAAGGCCAUCCUUGACAAAGCCACGACUCACACGAAAAGCCUGCUGCAGAAAAGCGAAGAGAGGUCAAAAGCACUGGAGACGGAAGUCAACACCUUGCAGUGGGAGGUGAGCUUCAACCAGCUGCAGAUGAAGAAGUGUGAGCAGUCGUGGGAGCAACGAUACAGCAGAAUCUUGGCUGAGAACAAGACCCUGACGGCCCAACUUGAGAACAGAGACAAAGAACUUCAGAACGUCCAAGCAGAAAAUUCUGUGUUAAGGCGGCAGUGCUUGGAGAUGUUUUCCAUGCUGAAUGUGAAGGAGCAGAGGGCUUUCCAAAGAAACGAACCUCACUACGUCGACACCAGCCUCCAGGAGCUUGUGGUGUUGGAAGCCUGCAGGAGUCAUGCGGUUCCCCAACCAUGUCCGUGCAACCAAAUAGCUGCUGCUAGCAGAAAGCAGCUCAUUCAGCUGCAACAGGAGCUGGAUGCUGAGCGUUCGAAGCGAGAGGAAGCCUUGAUGGUUGCAGACGCUUUUCGCAUUGCGUUUGAACAGCAGAUAAAGAAACGCAGUGAAUACCUCAUGAUGCUGGCCGAAGACAACGUCCUAAAAGGUCAUAAUCGGGGUCCAUUAAUAAGUAUAAACCAGAGGUUGAGAGACUUACUUCCAUUCGGUAUGGAAGCCAAGAUGGCUGACGACCUUCCUGAUACCCUGUAUAAACUUCUAGACUUGCUGAACGACAAGGAAGAGGCUCUGGCCCACCAGCGGAAGGUGAGCAUCAUGUUGGCCCACAAUUCUGACAGACAUUCACACCCCCAGUCCUCAAAGAAACCGGAAGAGAACACAUCAGACAACACCAGCCAGCAUCAGCAAACACCCGCUUGCACGCAUUCUACCGACCCCUCCCAAGCCAACAUCUAGCCCGGCUACAAUCACGACUUCAGACAUGUCAGGUGGGACUUAACACGGAAACAAUCGACACGCUACAGAUGUAGCUAGCAGUAGACGUCCACUGAGGCUCCCAUAUGUAUGGCAAUAAUAUACACAUUUGAAAAAUACCAAUAAAGUUUGAUUGAUUGCAACCAAAAGUAACACAAUGGAACUGACUGAGGUAUCCAAAUAGAUGCUUACACACUAAUAUCCAUGCAAAACAAUACUAGAAUAUAGCCAUGUCUAACCCACAAAGCAUGCUGGGUCACUUCCUGCAUGUGGGCUUCCCAGGAUGCCUUGCAGGUUAGAAACGACUAUAAAAAUAGUCUUGUUUUGCAUGUAUAUUCGCAUCUGUUUGGAUAUUCCUGACGUGUUAUGAUAUUGUGUGAGAUUUGGUUGCCGCAUCAUUUAUCAAUGUUUACCAAUAAAUCGUGUAUUGUGAUUUUUAGUAUUAUGUAUACUGUAUCCUCAUCUUUUUAGACAUAGUCCAGACUGUGGUCUUUCAAACAUUCAUUCAUUUUCUACUGCUUUUUCCUCACUGGGAGUGCUGGAGCCUAUCCCAGCUGAGGCGGGGUACACCCUGGACAAACAACCAUUCACACUCACAUUCAUACCUAUGGACAAUUUGGAGUCGUCAAUUAACCUAGCAUGUUUUUGGAAUGUGGGAGGAAUGUGGAAUGUGCCAAAAAUACACAACUAGGUAGAAAAAAAACAUACAUAAGUCGCUCUGGAGUAUAAGUCGCACAAGGCCAAAAAUGCAUAAUUAGAUAAGAAAAAAAACAUACAUAAGUCGCUCCGGAGUAUAAGUCGCACAAGGCCAAAAAUGCAUAAUUAGAUAAGAAAAAAACAUACAUAAGUCGCUCCGGAGUAUAAGUCGCACAAGGCCAAAAAUGCAUAAUUAGAUAGAAAAAAACAUACAUAAGUCGCUCCAGAAUAUAAGUCGCACAAGGCCAAAAAUGCAUAAUUAGGUAGAAAAAAACAUACAUAAGUCGCUCCGGAGUAUAAGUUGCACAAGGCCAAAAAUGCAUAAUUAGGUAGAAAAAAACAUACAUAAGUCGCUCCGGAGUAUAAGUCGCACAAGGCCAAAAAUGUAUCAUUAAGUAGAAAAAAACAUACAUAAGUCGCUCCGGAGUAUAAGUCGCACAAGGCCAAAAAUGCAUAAUUAGGUCGAAAAAAACAUACAUAAGUCGCUCCGGAGUAUAAGUUGCCAAAAAUGCAUAAUUAGGUAGAAAAAAACAUACAUAAGUCGCUCCAGAGUAUAAGUCGCACAAGACCAAAAAUGCAUAAUUAGAUAAGAAAAAACAUACAUAAGUCGCUCCGGAGUAUAAGUCGCACAAGGCCAAAAAUGCAUAAUUAGAUAAGAAAAAAAACAUACAUAAGUCGCUCCGGAGUAUAAGUCGCACAAGGCCAAAAAUGCAUAAUUAGGAUAAAAAAACAUACAUAAGUCGCUCCAGAGUAUGGCCGAGGGUGGAAUUGAACCCUGGUCUCCUAGCUGUGAGGUCUGCGCGCUAACCACUCGACCAUGCCGCCUUUCAAACAGAUGAAUGUAAAUAUAUACAUAUAUAUAUAUAUAUAUACGUAUAUAUAUAUAUAUACAAAUAUAUAUACAUAUAAUGUAGCAUUGUAAUAAUAGGAAAUAUUACAUAAAUACACAUAAUGUCUAAAUAAAUAAAAACAAGCUUGACAAAAUGCAAAAAUCCGAAUAAGACAAUCAGUAAAACAUCAAUGAUUUUCAUCAGAGUCCCAUAUUGCCCAGGAUUUGAAAGUGCAGUGUCGGUGUUUGUCCAGCAGAUGUCAGUAAAACAUCAAAUAUUGCUUUUUUUUUGUUGUUGUCUCGUUACUGUUUUGAGUUAUGGGAUAUUUCCUUGACCUGCUGUCUCGUUUGUGUUGUUUCAUACGGAAGUCAUGUAUGUCACGUGACUUCUCAUAGAUUUAUUGCUGUUUUGUUACAAGCAACAAUUGAGGAUUGAAUAUUAUUACGUUGUAGCCUCAUUUGCAUACACACACUACAAUCACAAUACAAUCAACAACUUGAGGAUAAUUUGGAGAGAAAUUGGGAAAUUUGGGAUGUGUAAAAUUGGUAGUUUGGAUGUUAGAUGUAUGAUAUAUGAAAUAACUAAAUAUACACAUAUCUACUUAGUCAAUAGAAUAUUAUGCAUGCCCAAUGUGAGAGUUAAUGGAUUCAUCUAUGGCAGGGGUCUUAAACUCAAUUUACCUGGGGGCCACUGGAGCUAGGGUCUGGGCAAGGCUGGGCCGCAUCAGGUUUUCAACCCCCCCCCCCCAAAAAAAACGCAUUUAUUAAAAACAGAAAAAUAUACAAACUUUUUCAGUGCUUUGUGCGUUUCAGCGCAUAUAGAACGCUUGGGCUACUCCUAUAGCUGAGGUCCAUAUUGGGGAAUAAGAACCAUUUAUGGAGUUGAUUGUAAGUAACUACAAGAAAUGAGUAACGGUAAAGUCCGUCCUAGUUGACGUUCCCCAACAGAACAGAAAAAAAUAAUUCUGUUGAACAUCAUUUUCAAAGAUGAUAUGGCUCUCACUGUGGUUUGCAGGAGUCCCAAAGCUUUAGAAAUGGCUUUAAAACCUUUUCCACUUGAACUCAGGUGUUAUAAACCACAGUCAGGUUCUGUUUUAACCGGAGAACAAUCACGUUUGUUUUUCUUCUUGAAUAAUAUUGUCAUUUAAAAACUGCAUUUGGUGUUCGGUUGUGUUGCCAGAGACUAAUAUUUAAGGUUGUUUCAUGAUCUGAAACACUUAAGUGUGAAAGUGGAGGUUCACGCCACUUUCAUUGUGUUCUAUUGUAUGGUUUAAAAUUUCUCUUUUGAUUGGAUUUUCAAUGAAGAUAUUUAAAAAUAACACAUUUUUUUAGCUGUAAAACCAUGAAUGGAUGAUUACAUAAGCAGAAUGACAUGUAGGCAGAAGCGUAUGUAGGCGGAAGACUAUGCAAACUGGAAAGUACUUUAUAUAAGUUGAUUGAUACGUACCUGGGACAAUAUGUAGGUGAUGGUUACGUAGGUGGAGUAAUACAAAUAAUAUGUAGAUCAGGGGUCUCAAACUCAAUUCACUGGGGGCCACCGGAACUAGGUUCUGGGUGAAGCCGGCCUGCAUCAGGUUUUCAAAAAAACAGAAAAACAAAAUGCAUUUAUUAAAAACUGUAAAAAAAUCUAUAAAAAAAUGCUUUUGCU